CCGGGAUAAGCGUAAAAAACGAAUCUGCUUAAACCGCUUAUUUCAAUCCCCACCCAGCAACAUUUCUCGAGUGCUAUACCUUUUUUCCCCAACACCACCAUUCCUCCUCCCCUGAAUUUCCCAAAAACAAAAAAUUCAACAUUUCUGCUAGAACCUCCGUCGAUCAAGAAAAGCAAUCAAUCCCCCAAAAGAGAAGUUUCCCUCUGUACUAUGUUUUCUCGCGCAACCCUGAUCAAAUCCUCAAAAUUGAUCCGUCGUGACUUACCCAGCCCCAGAUUCUUCACCCGUCGUAUCUUCGAUCAAUCGCCAUUGGAAAGCUCUGUUUCUGUACCGUCAUUGGCAGCCGCUUCUUCUUCGUCUUCUGCUAACGGCAAUAAGAAUGGGGAAAAGGAGUCUGUGAGAUCAUUUGUCAGAUCCAUUUCUUCUGGGGUUGCGAUUUUGGGCUCCAGCCUGGGACUGGGCUACUGGUAUUCGUCGGAGGUUGAUCGGAACGGGUUCGUGUCUUAUGCGGAAGGGGCAACCGCCGAUGCCCUCGAGUGGACAACGAGCGCCAAUCUCAGCCUUCCUUCGCCGGACUCCUCCGAGCCUAAGCGCCGAUUCAUCUUUGGAGAAGGGUUCAGGAGAAGGGUGUUCUUCAAUUACGAGAAGCGCAUAAGAUUACAGAGUCCCCCAGAAAAGGUGUUUGAGUAUUUUGCUUCGUCCAGAAGCCCCGGUGGGGAUGUUCUGAUGACCCCUGCCGACUUGAUGCGAGCAAUCGUACCGGUUUUCCCUCCUUCGGAAUCCGAUCGAGUCCGGCAGGGAUCCUUGAGAGGGGAGAGGUUCCACGGCGAGCUUCAAUGUGCGCCAUCCAAGUUCUUCAUGCUGUUUGAUACUAACAACGAUGGCCUCAUCUCGUUUCCAGAGUACAUUUUCUUCGUUACUCUGCUCAGCAUUCCUGAAUCUAGCUUCCACGUCGCCUUCAAAAUGUUCGAUCACAACAACAAUGGAGAGAUCGACAUCGAGGAGUUCAAAAGGGUAAUGGGACUAAUGCGAUCGCAGAGCAGGCAAGGCGCCCGCCAUCGAAACGGGAAGAGACAGGGUCUCAAGGUCACGGAUCCCGUCGAAAAUGGUGGAUUACUUGAAUACUUCUUCGGCAAAGACGGCAACUCCUGCCUCGAACAUGGAAAAUUCGUCGAGUUCCUCAGGGAGUUGCACGACGAAAUCUUGAGGCUAGAAUUUGCUCACUAUGACCACAAGUCGACGGGAACCAUAUCAGCCAGAGACUUCGCUCUAUCGCUCGUCGCAUCGGCCGAUGUCACUCACAUAAGCAAAUUACUCGACCGAGUCGAUGAGCUCACCCACAACCCAAACCUCAGGGACAUCCGAAUUUCAUUCGAGGAGUUUCGAGAAUUCGCUGACCUACGCAAGCAACUCGAGCAACUGACCCUAGCCAUCUUCAGCUACGGGCGUGUCAAUGGCGUGUUGACCAAGAAAGAUUUCCAGAGAGCCUCAUCCCAAGUAUGCGGCGUCUCGAUCACCGACAAUUUGGUGGACAUAAUCUUCCACGUGUUCGAUGCAAAUCGAAACGGGACGUUGAGCUCCGACGAGUUCAUCAGGGUGUUGCAAAGGCGACAGAAUGAUAGCUUGGUGAGUAGGCAAGCCGGGUUGAGAGGAUUGAUAGCUUGUUGCAUGAAUUGUGCAACUAGUUGUUCUUCUUCAGCUAAGGCCGUGCUGUAAGAUACAAAUGGCAAUCUCAAGCUGUUGGAUGCUAGUGGUGGUGGCGUUUUUUCUUCCAUCGGCACACUAGCAAUUGCUCUAAGGGAUAGUAUAUGUUAUAUAGGGUUUUGAAUUGACUACAAGACUGAAGAAGGGUAGGGGGGUUCAAUGUGUUUUUUGGUUGUUUUUUCCUUGUGCAUUUCUUCAGUUAGUGUUUUAUAUGACGUACUACCGUGUAAUGUUGAUGUUGAAGUUGAUGAUGAUGAAAAUCUAUAUAUAUAAGAUUUGUUUGAGGGUUUUGAGGAUAUUUCUAGUUAACUAAAUAUUGGUAUUCAUGUAUUUGGAUCAUGUGUAUACAAUGCAUCGAUGAGCU